AUGACGCAGGCCAGCGUGGGCACGGGACCGCGGGAUCGGCCAGGGGCUGCCCCCUGGCCCGGCUCUCCUCUGGUCCCCGGCGGGGGCCAGGCUGCCCCUCCCCCGCUCCCGGCUCGGGUUUCAGACCUUCCGAGUUCAGCAAACUUGCUGCAGGCGGAUUGGCGGCGAGCAGCUCCCGGGCUCCGGCGUCGUCCCCGCGCCCACCGCUCCUUUGUGUCCCGCGGCCGCCGCCCGGGCUCUGGGGGGCCUCGGCGGGCAGCUCGCUCCCCUGCGCGGCGGACUCCCGGGGGGACACGUGCGGGGCCCGGUCACCGCGGGGCGGAGGCGGAGCCGGGGCGGAGGCGCGGCGACCAGGGGCGGCGACCGGGGAUCCGCAGCGCUGCCCGCGCCCCCGCCGGCCGCUCGCUCCGGGCCCGCUCCGCUCUGCGUCGGCAGCGCCGCGGUGCAGGCGCGCGAGGGCCGCGGCCGGGGGAUGAGCCGGCUGCGGUGAGAGCGUCGCCCCGGCCCCCGCGAGGCCGCCCGCCGCCGUCUCCCCGCCGCGCUGCCAGCCGCGAUCAUGUACGUACGCGUCGCCGUCCUGCCACGGUCCGGGUCCGGGACGUGCUACGCGCCCUGGCUGCGCCCACCCGCUCACCGCGCCCCUCUCGGCCCCGCAGGUCCAUCCACAUCGUGGCGCUGGGGAACGAGGGCGACACGUUCCACCAGGACAACCGGCCGUCGGGGCUCAUCCGCACCUACCUAGGGAGAAGCCCGCUGGUUUCGGGGGACGAGAGCAGCUUGUUGCUGAACGCGGCCAGCACGGUCGCGCGCCCGGUGUUCACCGAGUACCAGGCCAGUGCGUUCGGGAACGUCAAGCUGGUGGUGCACGACUGUCCCGUCUGGGACAUUUUUGACAGUGAUUGGUACACCUCCCGAAACCUAAUUGGGAGUGCUGACAUCAUUGUGAUCAAAUACAAUGUAAAUGACAAGUUUUCAUUCCAUGAAGUAAAGGAUAAUUAUAUUCCAGUGAUUAAAAGAGCAUCAAACUCAGUUCCAGUAAUCAUUGCUGCUGUUGGGACCAGACAAAAUGAAGAAUUACCUUGUACAUGCCCCCUGUGUACCUCAGACCGAGGAAGCUGUGUUAGUACCACAGAAGGGAUCCAACUUGCCAAAGAGCUGGGAGCGACCUAUCUGGAGCUCCACAGCCUGGAUGACUUCUACAUUGGGAAGUAUUUUGGAGGAGUGUUGGAAUAUUUUAUGAUUCAAGCCUUAAACCAGAAGACAAGUGAGAAAAUGAGGAAGAGGAAAAUGACCAACUCCUUUCAUGGAAUUCGACCUCCUCAACUGGAACAACCAGAAAAGAUGCCUGUCUUGAAAGCUGAAGCAUCGCACUACCACUCCGACUUGAACAACCUGCUGCUCUGCUGCCAGUGUGUGGACGUGGUGUUUUACCACCCAGAAGUGACAGGCGUCGUGGAGGCCCACAAGAUUGUUCUCUGUGCUGUCAGCCACGUUUUCAUGCUGCUUUUCAAUGUGAAGAGCCCUACCGACAUUCAGGACUCCAGUAUUGUCAGAACCACCCAGGAUCUCUUUGCCAUAAACAGAGAUGCUGUGUUUCCAGGUGCUAGCCAGGAAUCUGCCAGCAACCCGCCGCUGCGCGUCAUUGUUAAGGACGCCCAAUUCUGCUCCUGUUUAUCGGACAUUCUGCGCUUCAUUUAUUCAGGUGCUUUUCAGUGGGAAGAGCUGGAAGAAGACAUCAGGAGGAAGUUGAAUGAUUCAGGGGAUGUUUCCGAUGUAAUCGAGAAAGUUAAAUGCAUUUUAAAAACACCAGGAAAGAUCAAUUGCCUGAGGAAUUGCAAGACCUACCAAGCCAGAAAGCCUCUGUGGUUCUAUAAUACGUCACUCAAGUUUUUCCUUAAUAAACCGAUGCUUGCUGAUGUUGUCUUCGAAAUACAAGGAACGACUGUGCCAGCCCACAGGGCCAUCUUGGUGGCACGGUGUGAAGUGAUGGCAGCCAUGUUUAAUGGCAAUUACAUGGAAGCCAAGAGUGUCCUGAUUCCAGUUUAUGGCGUUUCCAAAGAGACUUUCUUGUCGUUUUUAGAAUACUUAUACACGGACUCUUGUUGCCCAGCUGGCAUUUUCCAGGCCAUGUGUCUCCUGAUCUGUGCUGAGAUGUACCAAGUCUCCAGACUGCAGCAUAUCUGUGAGCUGUUCAUCAUCACACAGUUGCAGAGCAUGCCCAGCAGGGAGCUGGCCUCCAUGAACCUUGACAUUGUGGACCUGCUCAAAAAGGCCAAGUUCCACCACUCCGACUGCCUUUCAACGUGGCUGCUUCAUUUCAUUGCCGCCAACUACCUCAUAUUCAGCCCAAAGCCCGAAUUUCAGGACCUUUCAGUGGAAGAACGAAGUUUUGUUGAAAAGCACAGAUGGCCAUCAAACAUGUACUUGAAGCAGCUGGCGGAGUACAGGAAGUAUAUCCACUCCCGGAAAUGUCGCUGUUUAGUCAUGUGACCUGAGCUUUUGUAUACAUACACUUUUUAUUAUUAUGAAGAAUGGGUAACUCUGGGUUCCAGUAAAAUCUUACAACUAAA